CUUCGACGACGUCUAGAACGACACUGAAACGUGUAAAAUUGCUAAACAAACGUGAGAGAUAUACAUAUACAUAUAAGGACACGUAUAUUACGUAGGUAGUAAUGUUUACAUUGGAAGAAGCUAGAAAGAGAGAGAGAGAGAGGGAGAGAGAGAGAGAGUAUAUCCCCUACUAUUCGAUCGAUUGGAAGAUGCGAUGAGGUUGUAUCAUUAGCGACUUUCGUCUUUUCCAUUCCAUCCAUCGACGUAGUCGAGGAGAGUUCGACGUUCCCACGGCUCUUUAGUAAAUUUACGUGGUGGUUCCAAGAAGCAUCGUAACGAUGCUGUCCACGGUUUUCUCUCUACGAAUCCGAGAAAGCUUACGUUGCUCUAUUAUCAGGCCAAUAGACGUAGCCGAGAGGUCUUUUGUACAAUAGAAGGAGGGAGUCUUUCAAAAAGGGCGCAUUCUUCUUCUCGACGUUGCACCAUCCAUACUCUAUACAGGCAGUCGACGGAAAUGGUCCCGAAGCUUUUCCAACGGAUACUCUUCCGAAUAUUAUACAUAUACAUAUUUAAGGUUGCGUGUCCACCAUUAAGAUCAUCGUAGCAUAACUCCCUGGCGAGUUGCUUUCUCAUGCAUAUUCCUCGGUUUUAACAAAUGCCUCGCCAGAAACACUGAGAUGGUUAGAGAAAGGGCCACGAAAGAAAGGCGGCUAAGAGGAAAAGAGAGGGAGAGAACUCCGGCACGCACUCUCCAGGCAUACGGGGUUGCUUUACGAGCGGACAACUAAGGUACACAUCAGUUCUCUUUAUUCCUUACGACGUACCAAUGAGAUCGAGGAAGAACGCAGGUGUCCGGUUAGUCUGAGUCAAGACGAAGACGUCAAGAUCGGCCGAAAAUCGAGACACUCGAACAAAUUACACAUAGGGACAGACUUAAUCUAGGUUCGUUUCUCGGGGGAAUCCAAGAAGAGAAUCAAAGUCACAUCUGUGAGAUUUAGAAGAACGUCACGGCCGUCCUGAAUCUCACCUCGUGGUUGAUCAUACGGAGCGAGCAGGAUGACAAUGGAAGAUCGCACGGGUGGCAUCGACCGUGCCGCCCCCGCUACAUCGACUACGGCGACAACGACACUUUUAACGUCUGGUAGUCCGUCCAUGAUCAGUGAUGUCACGUCGGAUGCAUCUUAUCCUCUCCAACGUGCCAGUAAGCGUUCCUUCGACGUAGCAUUUCUCGUCGCACCCGAUGAGAAUCUGGCUCGUAGACAGAGCGAAAAGCUCAGAUUAAUUUCUGGUAGAAAGGAUCGUACGAGAGAAUCCAUAUCAUUGGAUAAUUCUUUGGAUGCCGAUAGAUUGCCACAGAAUUUGACUAUAAAGCAUUAUGAUAGCGACUCUAGCUCGCAGGAGAGACGAAGGCUGAUGCAUUGUACCGAAAAUUCUCUCAGUCCACCGUAUGUAUCUCCGAGAACGUUAACACCGACAUUACCGGACAUCGAUUCGCGAAGAUACGUUCCUACACGACAACAAAAGAGUCCAAGCCCACCUGGGUUUACAGCGCAACCAUCAUUAUUAAAUACUUGCACGGAAUCAUUGGAUCCAAGUUUAACAUGCGGCAAGGUUUACGAUAGCGGCUUACAGUGUACCGUGGAAAGGCACGGUGAAUCCAGGAGCGCUUUUACGAAGGUUCAUCUUGGUAGUCAAAGAAAUGGUUUUACCGACGACGGACAAACCUCACCAAGAUCGUCCAUCUCACCGGACGAUCGAAGGGAAGGUUAUCAAGAGAGCAUUAGUCCUCCGGUCGUUCCUUUGGCAAGUGCGACUACUUACAAAUAUACCAGUUUUCCUAACAAAAUGACGUAUCCCUUUUUGGUCGGUCCCGAGGCUGCGACCAGUCAACCCAGUCUCUUGGAGAACUUGAAAAUUCCUCAGAUAGCACAACCGCCAAAAGUACCAAGCCCAAAAGUGGCAACCUUUCGGCCGGAUUUACCACCAGUUUAUCCAAAUCUUUCGUACAAUCCUAUAUCCGUUUUUCCACCAAUGGCAGACGCUUUGACAAGGCCAAGGUUCUUAGCCACUGCCGCUGGCGUCGCUGGCCUUUUACCACCGUCCUUCGCGGCUUUGACAUUGCCCGCGCAAAAUGUUUGCGCCAAGUGCAAUCUAUCCUUUCGUAUGACAUCUGAUUUGGUAUAUCACAUGAGGUCUCAUCACAAGAAUGAAAACUCCGGGGAAGCUGCUCGUAGAAGGAGAGAAGAAAAAUUGAGAUGUCCUGUUUGCGACGAAAGCUUUCGCGAGAGACAUCAUCUGACAAGGCAUAUGACAGCUCAUCAGGAUAAAGAGAGCGAUGCUAUCGUCGAUCAAGUCGAGGUCAAACGACGUACCACCACCGUUCAUAGCAAGUGACGCCGAAAAUCCUCACCCGACGAUGAUUUACUUGCCAGCGGAUAUUCUUUCGAGAAUUGACUCUUCUUUUUUUAUCUAAUUAACAGACCAAAAGAAUAACGUCGAUCAUCGAGGAUCGUUGUGUUUUAAACAAAAAUAUUUCCGAGACUUCGUGCAAUCCUUUCUUUUCGUUUUUUCUCUUUUUUUUUCCUUUUUUUUCUUAAAUUUAUUUUUUGAGUUCUUAUAAAUAAAACGAAAAGACGAAUACGCCCACCUGACGUAUUUCAUCGGGUAAUCAAUUUUUGUUCGAAAUAUUACGUAGGAUCGUUCUGUUAAAAAUGUUUUUCUUUUUCUUUUUCUUCUAUCGUUUCGUUUCUAUCGUUAAUAUUAUCGUUCAAUAUUAAUUGAGACAGUGGUACGUUUCGUGAUAUUGUUUCGCCAGUGUGUUAAAGGUAUAUAUAUUAUAUAUUAAAACACUGUCGCUCUCAAUUAUGAUUUAAAAAAAAAUAAUAGACUCUAGUCGAUAAUUUU